AUGUCCUCCACCACCAUUCUCCGCGAGCUAUCUGUUCCAAACCCAAAGGUGGAUAGUUCUAGGACCAAGCCCGGCCCGAACUCGCGCAAUGAGAAGUGGGAGGAUGGGCGUGACGAAUUGGUGAAAUGGGAGGACUUCAGCCUUUACACCAUGAACCGCCUCUACGGCCACAUUCUCCGCGCGAGCUGGGACAACCCACCUGUUUUCCAUCCUACCGAGGACGUGGAGGACCUUCGAAUCGGUAAUGAAGACUGUCUCGACCAUGUCAUCACGAAGUAUCUGCUGCCCUCGGUCAACCAGAGUCUCAUAUUUGCCAACACGGUUCAGCAUGCUGAGUACGCGGAGCUGGCCGGAGCCUUCCGACACAGCCCGGGGAACAGGGCACAUAUCGGUCGCGGUGGUCGAGCCUAUAACGGCGAUGACGGAGAUAUCCCGGAUUGGGCCGUCGUAUCCCCGGGAAUCAAUGCGGAUGGAACUCUGCUUCCUAGGAACCUCAUCCCCGGCGACACCAAGCUUGCCAUCAAGUUUAACGACGAGCUAGCAAAGAUCAAUCUCAGCCAGUACAGUUUGCCGCUAUAUCAGAUCCAAUAUUAUGCCAAGACGGUAGGCUCCCGUUACGGCUUCAUCAUCACCGAAGACGAGCUUGUCGUCUUCCAAUUUGCCCGGCCUUCCACUACGGGCACGGCCGCAACCGAGGGCGGAAAGGCGUUCGAUGACACGCACACGAACUUUGAUCUCACCUCUCCCAGGUCCGCCACGAUCCGCUGGUCAGCGGAAGGGGACGGGGUGAUGACUGUGCGUCUGGCGCUCUUCUUUCUCUGCAUGCUCGCCACAGAGCAUGACGGCGCCAACCUGGGCUUGGAUUCUUACCCGCCUUUACACUCGUGGACUCGAACCGGCGACAGCGAGUUCACGCACAACACCACAGGGCGAAUCGUCACCGCGCAGCCGCCCAACGGCCGCGUGUUCGAAGAGCACACUGCCACGAGUCGGUCGUCGGCAACCUCCAGGUCACCCUCGGCCAGCGGCAGGUCCACUCGCAGCACCAGCGCCACCAGGCGGACCCCUGACAGCCAUCAGGUUGCUGGCGGCGGCCAGACCGGUGCGGCCGCCAAUGUCAGCGUGCGCACUCGCGCCCAAGAAGCCACGCACACCGCUGUGGCCGAUAGCAUAGUCGUCGCCAGCGGGAGUGGUAUCACUAUUAGCAUGCCCAGGUCGGCUCCCAGUACUAACCACCCGGCUCGUGGUCAGUCUUCUCAUGCACAGCCCACCCAACCCGGGCACGCCCGCGGCGGCCAGCAUGGCCAUAGUGGCACCAACUCUCAUGCCUCUGCCACUGCCACUGCCACUGUUACUUUCACUGCUGCUGCUGCUGCUCCCACCACUACCACUGCUCAGGCUGCCACGGCUCCUCCAUCUCAGGGGGUUCCCCAGCCACGGAGAAGCGCGCGGUUGGAGGAGGCGGCCCGGCAGGCGAGUGCGGGAAGAGGACCUAGUGCUGCCAAAAGUGGCGGAAGUGGCGGUGGCAGUGGUGGCAAGGAUAGUAAGGGCGGCAGUCGUGAUAAGAAGAAGUAG